AGGGCCAGUCUUUCCAUUCACUUGCAGCUGGCUUCUUCAGCACUCCUCCUCACUCUCACUAUAAAGGUGACAGCGAUGCCUCUCGAAUACUGGAAAGGCGGGAACAGCGUGAGACAACCCCACUAUCAGUGGGUGGCUGGCGCCAAAAAACGUUUUCCCGCCAAAAGACGCGUUGGCGCCAUAAACCAAUUGCGGGCAGACGUUGACGUCACCGUGCUUGUGUGCACUUUACUGCUCGUAUGGCAUUUGCAGCCAGUGCUGUGCGCCGAGCACAGCAGCCAUGUCGAUGGCAACAAGCGAGCGACAGACAAUGUCCGAUGGAUCGGGAAACGCGGCCUCCGCCUCGGACAACUGUUCCGUGUGGGCACCGAGAACGUCAGACGGUUCCGGAGUAUUGGUAGGGACCUCGAGAUAAUGCCGCCAUGCACAAAGUAUUUUUGUGUCGACGAGGUCAAGCCGUGUUGCGAUCCACGACAACAGCUGUUCAUGAAUUCUUGCGAAGCAGAAUGCGCAGACACACAGUGUGUAGGAGAGCUGUGUACUCCUGGUUGCAUGAUUGAACCUUACUGCGGCUGAGGGAGGGAGGGAGGGAGGGAGGGAGGGACACAACAAAUGCUUGCGGGCGAA